GGAUCAGCCCUGGUGCACAGGCUUCCGCAGGCUUUCCGCCUCGGCUCAGUCCCUAUCCGGCCGCUGGCGCGAUGGCGGGGUCCGCACUGAGGGUCGCCGGACGGCAGCUCAGCCAACAGAGUGGGUCUGGAGCCCCCAUCCUCCUACGGCAGAUGUUUGAGCCCAAGAGCUGCACCUACACUUACCUCCUGGGUGACAGAGAGUCCCGAGAAGCUGUUCUGAUCGACCCAGUCCUGGAGACAGCGCAUCGGGAUGCCCAGUUGAUCAAGGAGCUGGGGCUGCGGCUGCUGUAUGCUGUGAAUACCCACUGCCAUGCCGACCACGUUACGGGCACGGGGCUGCUCCGGACCCUACUCCCCGGCUGCCAGUCUAUGAUCUCCCGCCUUAGUGGGGCCCAGGCUGACUUGCACAUUGAGGAUGGAGACUCCAUCCCCUUCGGGCGCUUUGCCUUGGAGACCCGGGCCAGCCCUGGCCACACCCCAGGCUGUGUCACCUUCGUCUUGAAUGACCACAGCAUGGCCUUCACUGGAGACGCCCUGCUUAUCCGAGGGUGUGGGCGGACUGACUUCCAGCAAGGCUGUGCUAAGACCUUGUACCACUCAGUUCAUGAAAAGAUCUUCACACUUCCAGGAGACUGUCUGAUCUACCCUGCUCAUGAUUACCAUGGACUCACUGUGUCUACAGUGGAGGAGGAGCGGACUCUGAACCCUCGGCUCACUCUCAGCUGUGAGGAGUUUGUCAAGGUCAUGGAUGAACUGAAAUUGCCCAAACCUCAGCAGAUAGACUUUGCAGUUCCAGCUAACAUGCGCUGUGGGGUCCAGACACCCCCUUCCUGACCUCGACUCUCAGGUUCUUAUAUCCGUUAAGAAUGUACUAGGUGGGGUGAAGGGAGAGGUACCAUCACUGGAGCCUCUCUCUUCUUCCCCUCCCUCACCAGCCUCUCUAACUUCUUAAAUAAAAAUCUUUUUUUUUCCUCUGA